GUUGAUGUCAUAUAUAUGUAACCUCAAAGCACAGUUUUAAAUGUUUGAAUUUUGGAUAUAAAUCCUACUAAAAUAUGAUCAUCAAAAACGUAUCUAAAAAAAUACCUACUACAGUUGUUGUCGGUUCAGCUCUAGCUGGUGGUUUUGGAUUAGCUUGCUUAAUUAAGGAAUAUGUUGGUGGUCUUAAAUAUCAAGGAACAGAUACGUCUAACGCAGAAGGUAAAGUAAUUAUUAUAACAGGAGCUAAUACUGGAAUAGGAAAGGAAACAGCAUGGGAACUGGCAAGAAGAAAUGCAAAAGUAUAUAUGGCUUGCAGGGAUAUGGCUAGAUGUGAAGCAGCUAGAGAAGAAAUAGUUUUGGACACAAAAAACAAAUAUGUCUAUUGUCGUAGUUGUGAUCUAGCAUCAUUAGAAUCUAUCAGGGAGUUUGUAAAAAACUUCAAAUCAAAAGAACAAAAGUUAGAUGUAUUAAUCAAUAAUGCUGGGGUUAUGAGAACUCCUAAUUCAAAAACAAAAGAUGGAUUUGAGAUGCAAUUAGGAGUGAAUCACAUGGGUCAUUUUCUUUUGACUAAUUUAUUAUUGGAUAUGCUAAAGCAAUCAGCCCCCAGCAGGAUAAUAAAUGUGUCCAGUGUGGCUCACAAAAGAGGUGAAAUAAAUAAAGAAGAUUUGAACAGUGAUAAAAGUUAUGAUCCAUCCAACGCUUAUGCCCAAAGCAAACUAGCAAAUAUAUUAUUUACAAAUGAACUUGCAAAAAGAUUAGAAGGAACUGGGGUUACUGCAAACAGUGUUCAUCCAGGAAUUGUAGAUACAGAACUUACCAGACAUAUGAGUUUCUUUAGCAGCUGGAUUUCAUCAAUAUUUCUCAAACCUUUGAUGUGGCCUUUUAUAAAGAGUCCAAAACAAGGUGCGCAAACAGUAAUAUAUCUUGCUAUAGAUACGAGAGUCGAAAAAACUACCGGUAAAUAUUUUAGUAACUACGAAGAAACAAGCACAAGUGAGAAAGCAAAAGAUGAAUCUACCGCUAGAUGGCUUUGGCUAACAAGUGCAAAGUGGACCAGGUUAUAAUUAGCAACUAUUAUGUAUUUUAAAUGUCUAAUAAGAAUUUGACACUUUAAUAAAAUUGUUUUAAUUUGAAACUUUC